AUGGCCUCUCGGAGCGUCUCGUUCCCUCGCAUGGACGCCAUAGCCUUCCAUAGCGGCGGCUCGUCGGCUCGAUCACAAAAAAUCUCCAAUCCGCGCGACCGUCGCUCGUUGUUUACCGAGCCGUUCUGGCGACAGCAGAACCAGGAGCAGGAGCAACAGCAGCAGCAGCAGCAGCAGCAGGAGCAGCAGCAGGCGUGGUAUGACCGAGACCAGCAACGAUUGGAAGAGAGGCGGCAUGAGCAGGAGGAUCAAGGGCAGCGGGAUCUUUAUCAGCAGCAUCUGGAAUCGACGGCUGAGAAGCUGCGGAAGGAGUUGGAGGAAAUGCUGGUUGCAGAUGUAGACAGAGAUGCGACUUUCCAGCUCAAGCUCACGAGGAAGCUGGACCAAUGGCACGCUUUUCACGAGAGAGCAACAAGAGGGGGUCCUGGUUCCGUGGACGACGGUGUGCCUUCAACAGACCACCCUGGCAACGUACACCCGCUGGAGGUUGACCAAUCCGCUGAUGCCACGUGUCCAUCUGAGCGGGCAGCGUCUGCCCAUGAGGCCGAAAUGCGUACAGCAGAAGCUGAGGCUCGGGCAGCAGAGGGGGAAGCGCGGGCAACUGAGAUUGUAGUGCAGGCAGCAAAGGGUGAAGCCCGGGCAGCAUCGGAUGAAUCUUGGGCGGCAAAGGGUGAAGCCCGGGCAGCAUCGGAUGAAUCUUGGGCGGCAAAGGGUGAAGCCCGGGCAGCAUCGGGUGAAUCUUGGGCGGCAAAGGGUGAAGUGCAGGCAGGAGCAGCGGCACGUAAAGAUUAUGCAGGCAGGAGCAGCGGCAGGGUGGCUCCCGUCUGGGGUUCCAUCGUGCAGGCAGGAGCAGCGGCACUUGAAACGCGAGGGGCCAAGGCAGCAGAACCUGACAAUGCAGCAGUCGCUCCGAAACAGCUGGAAGCAGCAGCAGACGCUCAAAGAGCUGCUUUGGAGGCAGCACUGCAGGUGCAACCGGAGGAGCUAGAGGCUAAGGCAGUAGUGAUACAGGAACUUGAAACGCGAGAGGCGAAAGCCGUAGAACCAGAGAAUGCAGCAGUCGUUCCGAAACAGCUCGACGCAGCAGCAGAUGCUCGAAGGGCUGCUUUGGAGGCAGCACUGCAGCUGCAACGAGAGGAGGUAGAGGCCAAGGCAGUAGUGAUACAGGAGCUGCAGGUGAGAUUGCAUGCAGCAGCAACCAGAGAGGCGGGUUUGGAAGCAAAUCUGAAGCUGCAGCGGGAGGAGCUUGAGGCGAAGGCUGCAGAGGCAAUGGCGGCACGAGCAGCAGAAGCAGCAGAGCUGCAGCAGCAGUUAGACGCGGCAGUCGCCCGAGAGGCAGCUUUUGGCGCGUCUCUGAAGCUGCAGCGAGAGGAGCUAGAGGCAAAGGUAGCAGAGUUUCAGAACCUGCAGGAGCGAUUACAGGAAGCUGGUAUUAGGGAGGCUGCUUUUGAUGCUUCUCUGAAGCUGCAGCGAGAGGAGCUAGAGGCAAAGGCAGCAGAGGCGUUGGCGGCACAGGCAGGGAUGGAGGAGAGGAGGCGGGAUGCUGACGGCUUUCUAGGCGCCUCAAAAUUCAUUCCCCUCUGUUGCGCUGUGUUUCAGGAUGCUGACGAGGCGCUGCGUUUGGAGCGAGAGGCGGAGAGGAUCCGCCAACUGGAGUGCCAGCUGGCGGAUAAGGGAAAGGCGCUCGGCCAAUCAGAGUGCGAGAGGGUCGUAUUGGAGCGACAGCUGGCGGAUAAGGCGAUCCAGCUCGGCCAAUCGGAGUGGCGGAGGGCGCAGCUGGAGCAGCAGCUGGAGGAGAGGAGCAGGGAGGUUCGGGAGGCUCGGAUGCAGCUAGCUCGGCUGCAGGCUCGGCCCGAGCCUGCUGGACAGGCGAGGCAGAUGGAUUUGCGAGGAGAGGGUGGGGUUGUAAGGGCAGAGGAGAAGCAGGAGAGACAAGGCAUGAGUCAGAAAGAGGCAGUACCAGACGUGGCACCAGGCUCGGCACCAGGCACGUUACCAGGCUCGGCAACAGGCACGGUACCAGGCGUGUUACCAGAUUUGUUACGUCAGGUGUUGGAAGCGGCUCAUCGGCCAAUCAUCACGCGCCAUCCCAUGUGCAUGCAUGCUGGGAUGGUGGCGAGCAUACAACCCAUGGCGGAUGGAGAUGCAUCACAUGCUGACGUGGCAUCCCAUCAUGCAUCAGGCGCAGGAACAGGGGCAGAAAUUACAGCUGCAUCAGCUUCAGAUGCGGCAGACGCUGCAGCAGCAUUGUUUGCCAAUGCACGCGCUGCAGAUGGCUCACAAGCUGCAGCAGCACCAGCGUCCUCCACAUCGCCUGUACAGUCAAUCACUGAAAAAGCGCCUCAAGAGUUGACUCAGGAGUUGGCGCGAGAGGCAAAGGGGGCAGGAGAGCAGCGUGAGAUGGCUGGGUGGCAGGAAACUGGUGUGGCUGAGACAGGGCGGGAGUGUGAGGUUGCAGCUCUGGUGGAGGCGAAUGGGAGGCUGCAGGCGGAACGGGCUCGGGCGGAGGAGGAGAAGGCAAGAGCGGAGGAGAGGAGUGCGAGGGCGGGUGAGGAAAUACGUGUGCUGCAAGGCAACCUGCAGGAGGCAGAGGCGCUAUGCUGGCAGAGGCAGGCUCAGCUGGAGGAGGCGUUAUCUGAGGUUGCAGCGGGGAGGAGGGAGAGGGGGGCACUAGAAGAGGAGUUGCUUCGGCUGCAGUGUGCUCUGGACCAGUGUAUGCUGCGACUCAAUAGCGAUUCUGCUUAUAUGGUGGACAGGAGAAUCGUGGUGAAGCUUCUGGUGGCAUACUUCCAACGCAACCGCAGCAGAGAGGUGCUUGACAUCAUGUGCCGCAUCCUUGAAUGCUCCAAGGAUGAACGGCAGCAGCUUGAAGCAGCAGCUUUCCACCCCUCUCUCACCAGAAGCGCCAGCUUCAAAUUCAAAGGGAGUGCGCGGCAGGGUAGCAGCAAGGGCAGCAGAGGAGGAGUUUUCGGGCUGCCCGGACGGAUUGCGGGCGGGUUUUUGGGAUCGAAUAAGAGCAGUUCAGAGAAUUUUGGAGAGACGGGGAAGGAUUCUGUGGGGCAGGAAGAGGUGGAGAAAAAGUCAGAGGCAAGAAAAUCAGGGUCCUUAACUGACCUCUGGGUGGAUUUUCUUGUGAAGGAGACUGACAGUGAAAGAGAGCGGAGGCAGGGUCAGCAGCAGCAGCAACAGAUGCAGCAAGAAGGCAGCAAUAUUAGAACAAAGCUUGCCGCCCAGGUCCCCAUCUCACCAACAGCAGCACAUGUACCACCAGCAGCAGGCAAGGCACACCAGCUCGUUCUCUUAUUCCCCAAGGUCUCCCCCCUACCCACCACCACGAUCCCCAUCAUAUCCGCCUAG